AUGGACCCUGGGAGCGAAGAGCAAGGCGACGGCGACAUGACCGCUUCGCCCGAAACCCUGUCGCUGACAGAACUGACUGCCAACUUGGCCUUCGAGCUGUCUGAGAGAGAUGAUGAUGGCGACUGGGAAAUCGAGGACUGGAGCAAGCCGCAUGUCCUCGGCCAGCUGCAGUCCGCACCGAAAGCUGCCCGGUGUGUGAACGAUGGGCAGAAAGCACGUCUGAUUCUCUGCGAGCGCUUCGCCGAUGAGGGGGCUUCUGUCAUUGACCUGGCGCCGGGCGUCUGUGGCCACUUCGCCGAGGAUGGCAAGUUGCAGCUCCUCGAGUUCGACCUGACGAACAGUCGGGCGCAGAAGCGUUUCAGCUUGGCGGCCGCCCUCAAGCCAAGACCAGCAGCUCGAGUGAGCCUCAUGAGUCAGCUGGAGAAAGUCACCCGCCAGCUGGGACAAAAGGUGCUGAGCCACAAGAUGGCAUUGAUUUACGUCGUGGCGCGCUGGUCGGGUUUGGGCGAUCGGCAAGCUGCCCAAUAUUUUAGCCAAAGGGCCGUCUCGGUCCUGCGAGCGCUCCGGGAUGACGGCACCACGGAGGCAAGGCACUUGCUGCUCCAGGUGGAGGCUGUGCAUUCAGCUGUUCAAGGGCCAUUGGCGCCCUCAAAGAUGGAUCAGCGUGACUUUCCUGCACAGUGA